UCGGUGGGAAGGAGCGGCGAAGGCGCGCAGUUUGCGCUCGUUGCAAGCGGGGCGGACGAGGGGAAGCUCGCUCAACUGCAUUAACGAUGGAGGAAUAUGAGAAAUUCUGCAAGAAGCACCUGGCUAGGAUACAAGGAGAGUUUAUGGAGAAUGGAAUGUCUCCCAUUGUUCAGCCUAGAUAUGUAUCCCUUAUUCGAUUUAAUGGGGUCCCUGUGCUUUCUCCUCUGCUGACUCUGGAGAAGAAGAAAGAGCUUCAGCAGGACAGACAGAAGGCUCUGGACCUAGAAUGCUGGAGACAGAAUUCCAAGCAGAGGCUUUUGCUGACCCGGGUUGAGGAAAUAAUGGCCAAUGUGCAGAUGAAAAAGAUGUCCAGCCAAAGCGAUUUAGACCAGUCUGAGAAAGAGAAUAUCCAUUUGGAUUUAGAAUCAGAAGUGCUGAGCGGCUCUGCAACAGAACCCUGCAGCCUUUUGCUGAAUUCUACUGCUUUGGGUGAACAUCAAGAACCCCCAAAGGCCCCAGAUGUUAAGCCAGUGGAGACCCAGGGUGCAGCAAUCAGGAACGCUUUUGAAGGCACGGAACAAUUUAUCCCUCCUAAUCCCACAGAAACUUCCAGUAGUCCUUUAGAAAAGAGAAUUGGCUCAGGAGGUCCGUUUUCCAGGCCUCCAAGCCCACCUCCUACCAAAGAGAUUGCCAAGAAAGAUUCCACUGAGCCCGGCCUCGGUGCUGGGGAAGGUACCGACCCAUACGUCAUGAGCCUUCAGAACCUCUUAAAAAAAUCCAGGGAGUACAUUCAGAGAGAACAGACGCGACGGAGUCUGCGAAACAGUUCCAAGAGAAACAGCCCCGGAAGCCACCCGGAUAAAGAAAACAGUGCAGUGAAAAUGAACGAGCUGGGGAAAGAGAGAGGAAAAUUGACAGGCAGGAAUAUUCCGGUUGCAACCCCGGAAAAAACCGGCCUUGUCAAGCCCGGUGCUCCUCAACCUUCCUUAACCUCUAAAAAUCAUUCCGGUGGAGUGACCUCACCCAGUUUUUCUAAAGUCGAUAUCCCAAUGAGGUCCGGAACGCCUCCCAUUUUGGACUCGGAUUCGGAUGAAGACUUCAAAAACCUCUCUCUCUUUGGGAAGGACAGCCUGCUCCGGACCUUCACGGGGUCUUACUCAAAACUUCCCAGUCCGGAGCCAAGCCUGAGCCCCAAGAUGCACCGGAGACGGCCCAGGCCCUCUUCCGUAGGGCACAUCGUCAUCACCAACCCCGUGAACGCCUACGAGUUGAGUCCCAAAGCCAAGGGAAGAGCUGCGGACUUGAUCGUUCAGGAGGCCUCCGCUCCUGUGCCAAACCUCUCUGCGGAUCUCGUCCCUGCGUCUCCCCGCAAAGCUCAGGCGUUUGACAAGAGCUCUUCCAAUACCUUCAAUGAGCUUGUCGUGGGGAAACGCAACGAAGCAUCUCCACUUCCGGCGCGUCAGCAAGAAGGCGGAAACUCCCUGGCCCAUCCCACCGUAGGAGAGUUGACGUCAGAAAACGGAGCGGCAUCGAGCAGUUGCCUUGCAAAUCUCAGCCCCUGGCAGCUGCAGGAUGGGAGCGGUGCCCGGUCGACCCAGAACCCAGCCAAGACCGAUAGCCCAUCGGACAAAGUCAAGGGCAGUGGGGCCACGGAACUCAACAAAUCCUACGACGUUCAGCACCCGUCGCCCUUGCUGAUGCAGAUGCAGUGCAAGCCACCUCUGGAUACCCUGGAAGUGACCCUCGGAAACGAGCAGGUAUCAGAAAACAGGUUGGAAAAGGUGAAAUGUAGACUUGAGCUGGAGGUGGACGCGGUGCAGAAGGAGAACACGCCGAGGGUUGCGCCCGCGGAAGAGAGACGAUGGCCACACGACCAGAGGUAUCCGGGUAGAGCUGGGCUCGAGGCCGAGAGCGAAACCCCACCACGAUGCCUCAGAGAAGAGGAAGCAUUAAGGCAGAAGAUGUGGGCCCUUGCAGAGCUGAGGCAGAAGCUGGAAGAACAACAUGCCCAGCAGUUGUCGUUGUUGAUAGCAGGGCAAGAACAGGAACAAGAGAGGCUCCAGAAGGAGAUCGAAGAGCAGGCGCGGAGAUUAAAAGAGGAAAAAAACGCAACCGAAAGUGGGAUUCCCCCCCUUAAUCUCGGCAGCGGCGUCGCUCUGGAGUGGAGGAAAAUCACCGAUAGUAAUCUGCUGGAAUCCGUGCUGAAUCGAGUUGAGGCUGCCCACAGCACCACCUUGGAAAAUGAGGGUUUUGUGAACGCUGGAUCUCCAUUCUACCUCUGGGAGCAGCCAGCAAGCGGAAAAUCGGUCGUGGUAUCCAGGUCUAUUAGCCGGAGUAAAAUGAGGUGGUCACAGGUAUACAGCCCUGCCAUGAAAAGGAGAUUCAACAAGAUCUCUGCUCUAGCCAAGGGAUUUUUAACCAGAAGACUCUUGCAGACAGAGAAGCUAAAGCAUCUGAGACAAACGGUCCAUGAUACGAUGGAGUUCAUCAAAAACUUCCAGUCCGAAGCUCUGUCCAAGAGGGGAAACCUCCCCACUCAAGAUGCCAAUCUCCAAGAAAGAGUGGUUGCUCAGCUGCAGGCAGCCCUAUAUGAUAUUCAUGACAUUUUCUUCAAAAUGGAGGCGUCGGAAAGGAUGAGCAUCUUACGUCAAGAUCGAGAAAUCCGCAAAGAGAAAAUGCUUCGGCAGCUGGAUAAAGCCAAGUCCCCAAGAGACAAAGUGGCCCUUUCUACAGCUACGCAGAAGUCGCUGGAUAGGAAGAAGUAUAUAAAGGCUACUGAAAUGGGAAUCCCAAAUAAAAAAAACCCUGGGAAGCAAAAGAUCUUCGAAAACAGAGUCCUUCAGCCCAACCAAGGUCAAAACGCUCCUAUCCAAAGGCUGCUGUCCAGACAAGGAACCUCUAAGGCCUCAGUGAAAGGGGCCGAGCAAAAUAGAAAGAAACCCUCAGACCACAGAGUGCCUAGCAAGGGCUUUUCAGGAGUAUCUGCCGGAAGAAUCCCAAGAAAGAAGCCAAAUGUUGCGACAACCUAAGAAGACAGCACUCCCUUGGCUAGAAAGUGGCUUAGCAUUGUCCUUCAACGUUCUCCAUACCUUCCUUCAAAGAAUGUGAGGCGUGGUCCUGUUGAAAGAGUCUCUGGAACGGAGAUGUGAAGGCGAAGGAAAUAUGAAUGUGAAUAUGAAGACGAGCCUUCUGUUUGAGUUCUGGGUUUUUGCGCUUUGCUUACUCCCUCAAGUAGAUAUUUUUCAGGGGGAUUCUUCCAGCAAUCCUUUUAGCCUGGGCUGCAUUUUUUUCAAUUGUGCAAUAAAUAACCCGGAAGUGUGAUGGCUUUAGAUGUCCCCACAUUCUUGUUUCUCUCUGACAUGCUUUGGGAUAGUUCAAAAGCACUUCUGAAAAGGAAAUUUUUUGUUUCAGCUUUCUGGAUCGUUUUCAAAGAUGGCUGCACUUUUGUGUUACACAAAAUUUCUCUUGGCCACUUCAGUCCUCUAUAAUCAGGAGGGUCAUGAUGGUGAACAUACGUUUCUUUAGGCUUUCAGCACAUAAUCAGAGGGUAUAAAUAUUGUAUUCACCCACUUCCUUUUUUCUGGCUAUAGUCUUGUUUCUGAGCAUGCUGUGAGAUCUAGUUUAUAAAAUGCUAUCAGACUUGAUUUUUGUAGUAAGCAAACUAGAAAUCUCUUUAACAAAUGCUAACAACUAUUAGGUGGGCAGGGAAGGUUAUUUUGUUAAACAUUUGCCUCCUUUCUCUUUUUAAAUCCAAAUAUUUGGUGGCAUUCUCUAUAAACAACAUUAGAAUAAUAAAUAACCAGUGCUAAUAGUAAAUUGGAACAUUGUGCAACUUAUAUUAGUCGAAGGUUACUUACUUAACUUUGGGCUAAUGGUAAAUUGGAAUAACGUUGUCCAUCUUUGCUCUUUCAACGUAUAACAUGAGAUCAAUCUUAAUUUCACAGAAAAGCUAGAUGAACAAAACCAUUUCAAAAUACAAAUUGUAUUUAUGUAAAUAUUGUUUUGGAGGUGGGGGAAAGGCGGAGUGGAUUUUAGUGUGGUUUUGAAAGAUUGAAACAAGACCAUGUUGGGAAAUAAAUUGGUGUGCUGCUUUUAGCUUAGUAGUGCUUUAUCCCAGUAUCAUAUUUAGUCACAGUUAAUGUCUAAUGUUAAUUUGCUUGUUCAGUUGAUAUUAAUAUUUUGCCAAUGGUAGAGGUUUCAGAUGUGGCGUCACUUAAAUCAUUCCCACAAAUUGAAAAAUUAAGGUUCAGCUAAAAAAAAAGGGGGUUAACUUAUACAUGGAUACAGUUAUUUAUACUUAUAAACAUGUGUAUCUUCUAAUGCUUUUAUUACAUCAUGCAGUGUUUUAAAAUCACAUUUGGAACUGUGGCUGCCUUGAUGCCAGUGUAAAAAAAAAAAGUCAAAGAUUAUUGAUAGAAUGAUAAACCAAUCUUGCUGGGUUAUCUUGGUUUAUUGUAGACAAAAAUCCCACACAAAUGGAUAAACAAUAAUAUAAAAUUUUAAGCAACACCCAUCCCCAGUCCCUGGAUUUCUCAGUCUGACUAAACCAGGAUGUAUAAGCAAACCCCAGCUUGGUUAAGAGCAUUUGGUCAAAUACGCUUCUGAUUUGAACUUUGCACAAAUGCUUUGUAUUUCUGGCUUUUUAAAAAUCUGCUUCUUUGCUUGUUUUUAUCUGCUUAUCUGAAGGGAGGUCUGAAAUAGGAGUCAACUACAGAGAUUGGCUCUGCUUUAAUGGUAAAAAUGGACACGCCACAAAUUGUGAUGUAACCAAUCAUGGUUUUAAAGAUUGCCCCUGGCAAGGGCUUGUCACGGAAAUAUUUCACUGCAUUCUGAUUUUAAAUCUAUUUUCAAUGCUCUUGUCUUGCCUGAGGUUCAAAAAAACUGAAGAUUCACAAGCUGACUUAAACAUUGCGAUUGUUACCUUGCAUGUUAGGCUACAGUUUACAUGUGUCGAUGCUAAAAGUAAUCUAAUUGUGUGCUGUGGAGUUAGACAUAGGCUGCAUGUAAAUAGUACAAGUUCAGUAAUUUAAGUGGACCUUUUUAAUAUUUUAGCACAAAAUGUUUUAUUUAUAAAUUAACAACAUAUGGUCUUCUGUUUACUAGUGCCAGGAUGCCUUUUGUAACUUAAUGUUUCAUAUUUAUUUAUUCUCAAUAUUUGUUUGCCUUAUUUUUGAGUGGAAUGCCAUGCUAUUAUAAGCCUUAUUUUUGUACAUUGGUUUUCACCUCUCCUUUUUAAAAAUUUCUUUAAAUAUAUUACACAA